GCUGCGUGCUAUAAAAGUGCGGAAAGCUCGUUCUCACCUCACAGAGCAACCCGGACUUCUCAGGUGUGCUUGUCUGUCUACCAACAUGAGGGCUGUAGCUGUGGUAUUUGCUCUGGCAGUCAUUACUGGCUGCCAUGCUCGCGCUGUGCCUCUGGCCGAUGCGCCUAUGGCCAAAUGGGAAGAGACAGUGGACCGUUUCUGGGAGUACAUCUCAGAACUCAACAAACAUGCUGAUGGUGUGGUGGAAAACCUGAAGGGCUCCCAGCUCACCAGGGAACUUGACACUCUGAUCACGGACACUGUGGCUGAGCUGAAGGUGUACAGGGAGGACCUCGAGACCAAGCUGGGCCCUUACACCAAGGAUGCCACCGGCCAGCUGAGGCAGGAUCUGGAGCUGCUGACCAGCAAGCUGCAGACUGACAUGCUAGAUGCCAAGGACCGUUCCACCCAGUACCUGCAGGAGCUGAAAACCAUGAUGGAGCAGAAUGCAGAUGAUGUGAAGAAUCGCAUCGGCACAUAUACCCGCAAACUGAAGAAGCGCCUGAACAAAGAUACUGAGGAGAUCCGCAACACUGUUGCCACAUACCUGGGUGAGCUGCAGUCUCGUGCCUCCCAGAAUGCUGAGGCAGUGAAGGACCGCUUCGAGCCCUAUGUGCACCACGCUCGUGAGGGUGUCAGCCAGAAGCUGGGUACCAUCACUGAGGUGCUGCAGGGCCAGGCUGAGGGCAUGAGCCAGCAGUUGGAGGCGCAGGCCAGCGUGCUGAAGGAACAGCUGGAGCAGACUGCCGACUCUCUACGUGUCUCUCUGGAGGGCCGCAUUGAGGAGCUCACCAGCCUGCUCAGUCCCUACACCGAGAAGAUCCGGGAACAGCUGCAGACUGUCAUGGAGAAGAUCAAAGAGGCCACAGCGGCUCUCCCCGCACAGGUCUAAAGGCACUGUGGCGUCGUUGCACCAAAUGCAAAGAAGAGAUUAGUGUCUGUUACUGAUUCUAAAUGCUUUUCACUGUGUGGGAGGGCGAACAAGAAUGGAACAAUACACAGCUGAACAAGUCUUUUAACUUGUCUUUUUUACUGAAAGUACUGUUUUAUAAUCACCAUGACUGCUCUCUCAGUAUUAAUCCACUUGAGAAUAAACCCUCAAUAAUCUUUCCUUAUAGUGCAAUAGGGCAUUGUUAUAACCGCCUAGCAUAUCUUAGAGUUUUAUUUCUCACAUUGGUCAUUAGAUCUUAAAUACGUUUUAUGGCCUUUUAAGUAAUGGAAAAGGGCAGGUUAGUGAACUUUGGGCCAAAUUGGCACCUGUUUUAAAAAGUGCUGUCCACCAUUUCAACAGCUGCAAAACAUAAUCAGAGAACGUUGAUAAUGAUUUUGAUAGCUGCAGACAAACGCUGACAUUUUGUUUGUGCACACUGCUGUUUUGGAACCUGUUUCAAUAAAUGAGCGUAAUGGUUCACAAUA